AUGGCCUCGCCCCGUGAUGCAGCGCGACUUCGUCAGGGCCUCAACCCCCUCGCCACGAACUCGCUGCCUCCUAGUACGUACGGCAACCAUGUGAACUCGCCCAUGUCUGCCGCAUCUAUGGCUUCUCCGUUUCUGCAAUCGGCGCAGACGCCUGCCAGUGCCAUCCAGCCAUAUAAUCCCCAGGAAUGGGUUCCGUCACCAGCCCCGAUGCCCGACGUUAGGUCUCGUCACUUGCCUGUCGAUGGAGGCCAAGCGUCGGCGGCGCCUCCUCCUCCAUACAGCCCUCCUCGAAGCAGGCCGCAGCGACCGAUGAGCACCGCCUUGGAACACGUCUUUGCGCGGGGCUCGACGCCUCCGCCUCCGUCCAGGUUAACAAUAUCUCCUCCGCAUCGGCCCUCGCCAGAGCCGCCAGUGAAUCCUUCGUUUCCUCCUCCGCCUGGUGCUGGUGGAAGGGGAAGCUCAAGAGACCGCCGAUUUGGAUUACCGUCUCUUGGGCGCAGGAACGAUCAUGAGCAAUCGCAAGCCAGCUCGCCUGAUCUCCAAACAGCUGCCAUGCAUGUGAGAAGAGGCAUGGGCCCGUCCAUGUCUCAACCUGAACCUGGACGUAUCGUAGCACCUAUACCGAGCACGCUUCCCCUCGGGGUCCCUCCAGCAGCUCGAAGGGCGGCCUCGACUGGAGCAAUUGAUUCUCCGACAUCUCAACGAUCUCGGUCAACGUCGCAAACGAGGUGGGAACCUGGGAUGCCGCUUCCUCCGCCGCCACCCGGACCUCCACCUUCGUCGUCAAGAUCACAGAGCGUUCAAAGCAUAGGCCGGGCCAGCGUUCCAGUUAUCUCACCUCCAACCAGGCGGCCACCACCUAGCGGUGUUACGACUUUGGGGCCUGUUCCUCCCACGCCAGCGGACUGGGUCGAUACUGAUGCAGAACAAGGCCGGCCGAGGCAGCCUUUUCGCGGGCGGUCUCCUGGCUUGGUGGUUGAUACCGCGUUUGCUGCUAAUGCUACAAAUGUCCCAGAGCCGCCCGGGUCAUCCAGUAGCAUGGGAAGUUUGAAUAGAGCCAUGGCGGUACGACAUGACAAGACAAUCCUUCAAAGAAGAGCUGAGAGCCGAAGCCGCCACACAUCACAUCGCUCCAUUGAUGCUGUUGCACAACCGCAUAAUAUUUCAGACAUAGUUGUCCCCUGCAGUUCUGGUGGCACUGUUCCAAGGUUCAUGGCUGGAAGAUCGACCCCUCGUAGCGCAGGCAGAAGGGACAUUGAGUUGCUCCGAACAGGCGACUCAUUGACUCUUCAAGAUCAUUCUCGAAAUUCAACCCCCCGAGCGCCAGCGUCCGGCCAACCUGAAGCCGCUACACCCCCCUUUUCUCCAUAUCACGGCAAAGGCUUCCAAAUGCCCGCAGUCUCCCCGGCCCUGGCUCCCAAGGCUCUUCCAACACCACCUCCUCGGACACGAUCAGCAUCUGGCUCACGGCCAAGAGUCUCAUCUCGCCCUCCAAUAUCGGCAUUGACCCCUAUUUCUAAACACACAGUCAUUGGCCAAACUGCCGAGCAAUUUGCUGCUGCUACAAUUGAGAGGUUUCGAUCAUUCGCCUCAAGUGAAUCAGCCGCGGCGUCGGAUGCUGAUAGAGUUCGCCUGUUUGCCGAUUUCAUUGUAAACGAGUCCCGAGUCCGGCGAGAACGAUAUUCGUCAGCCAUUGGAGAAAUGGGUUCAGAAAUCUUUGAUCUUACUCGCGAUUUAUUUCGCCCAAUGGUCUCCUCGUCGCGAAGGGAGUCUGGAGGGUCUCGAGAUGAAUCGACACCAGCGUCGACUGAUCCAAGUCAUUCCCAAAGGGGCUCAGCAAGCUCAGUCAUCCGUGGUGACGGGCUGUCGUCCUCAGCACCGGCUUCUGCAAGUCUCUCCGCAUCGCCUGGCAGCGCCCCGCCACAAGGUAACUGGACCAACAACUAUAUGCCGUCUCUUUCCCCAAUACUCAGCAUGAGCGUCAGCGACAACCAUGAAAACGGAAGCUCGCGUGGACGACCGCCAAGCCGAUGGUGGGAGACUGAUUCUCAGGGAGAGCCUCGAACGUUUGAGAGAUCCAAACGAGAGUCCAAGUACAUGGGAGUUCCUAAAGACCAGUUGGUUGAGGAGGAGCAAGGGACAGGGGCUUAUACCGGAAGCAGCGAAUAUGAAUCAUCCAUGAAUUACCCCCCAGAGAAGACCGGAUGGCACAGGCAAGAAGAGCCGUCACCCUGGACGCCGCAAUCGUUGCGGCUUUCUAGCGUAAUUCCUGCGGGCUCAAGUUCCUCCCAGUCGUCACACAAUACGCCCGACGCAGUGGAUGUCUCCCGGCUUGUCACUUUGCCGCCACCAUACCCUAGGCAUUAUCCUGCUCUCAAUAACAACCACCCGGAACUGACAGCAACGCGGACAGCCGUUAGAGCUUUGAAUGAGCUGACAGAAAUCGAUAAAGUAAAGGAGAGGUUCGAAAGCGCCAGCUCCAAGCGUCGCGAAGAGUUUUCCAAGGCAGCGUCUGAGCGUCGGCACUCGCUGAUGGCCAACUUGCAGAAAGAGAUCAGCUCUGGAAAUAUUGGUUACGCUGAUGCUGCUGCCAUUGAAUCAGACUCCCAACAGCAAGAGAAGAAUAAGAAGAAGGAGCUCGAAAAGACGGAAUACGAACAGUUCCAGAAUGAGGUCAUUCGCCCCAUCAACGAUCUCUUGACUGCCCAAAUUUCAAAAGCCGACGCGCUUUAUCAAAAUCUGUCGGAGCACCUUUUCGAUAAUGGUCGAACGGAUGCCGAUAUGCCGCAAGAGGAGGGAGAUGACCGACCUGAAUUACUUGAGAAACUCACCCUGCUGAAGUGGAUUUUCGAGACCCGAGAAUCAUUGCACAGAGCUAUUUACGAUAUUUUGUCUGACCGAAAUACUCGAUAUCGCGAGGUGGUGCUCACGCCGUAUCGCCUUUCUGGGAAUAGUGAGAAGCUCAGGUCUGCAGAGGCUUUCUUUGCAGAGGACGCAACAAAGCGAGAGUAUUCCCUCGCCGUUGAGGUUCUAGAUCGGGCCCGACAGUUUAGAACCACCGUUGAGGAGGCUGUUGAGCGCGGAGUUGCUCUGCAACUCUCGGCAUUCUGGGACAUUGCGCCGCCCCUAGGCGAGUUGCUCGACAGCAUUCCAGAAGACCUUGAUGGGUUCAACAUUCAGAUUCCGGCCUCGGAGUUUGAGGAGAACCCGGCGUACCACGACCACCCGUUGCAGUAUCUCUACAGUCUUUUGACGCAUGCCGAGAAGAGCACGCGCCAGUUCAUCGAAUCACACACCAACCUGCUGUGUCUCCUGCACGAGGUCAAGGGCGCAGCAGUAAAAGCCAAAGCAAGGGUCUUGGAAACGCAAGUCACUGAAGCUGACGGCUCAGCUAUCAGUGCUGAGGACCGACAGCAGAGAGCCAACAGCAUGAGGCAAAGCGAAGACCGCCGGUUGACAGAGGACCUCCAAGAAAAGGUACGACUGGUUGAAGAACAGUGGAAUAGCGCUCUUGGCGAAGGAAUCAGGACGGUCAAGGACCGUGCCGGCGUGCUGCUUCUAAGUACUGGCGGGUGGGACGAGACUUUGGAGGAGGAGCAGUCGUUCCUGGGGUUAAUGGGCCAGACGACUGAUGAAACACAUACAUGA